CAUCUUCAUCAUGCCUGAACCAGCGAAGUCUGCGCCUAAGAAGGGCUCCAAGAAGGCCGUCACUAAGACCGCCGCUAAAGGAGGAAAGAAGCGCAGAAAGACCAGGAAGGAGAGCUACGCUAUCUACGUGUACAAAGUGCUGAAGCAGGUUCAUCCUGACACCGGGAUCUCUUCUAAGGCGAUGGGGAUCAUGAACUCUUUCGUCAACGACAUCUUCGAGCGCAUCGCCGGUGAAUCGUCUCGUCUCGCUCACUACAACAAGCGCUCCACCAUCACAUCGAGAGAGAUCCAGACCGCCGUGCGUCUGCUGCUGCCCGGAGAGCUGGCCAAACACGCCGUGUCUGAGGGCACCAAGGCCGUCACCAAGUACACCAGCUCCAAGUAGAGCUCCGCUCCAGUCCCCGAGACUCAAAGGCUCUUUUAAGAGCCACC